AUGACAUUGCCAAGGUUCAUCGUUCUCAAAGCCCCCGAUGCUGAAAACUACCUCCGCUACAAACCCCGCAAUGGCACCUACAAGGGCUACGCCGAGUUCACCGCAACGACGGUUGUGAGCGCAAAUGCGAAAUUCGAAGUGGAGUUCGCUAAAAAUGGGCUGGUGCACAUAAGGAGCUGCACCAAAAACAAAUAUUUGAAACGAACUCACACCGGAGGACCAAAUGAGGGGUAUUGGAUAACUAUAACCGCCGAUCAACCGGAAGAAGACCAAUCCAAGGAGUCUUGCACAUUGUUCGAGCCUAUCUUGGAAGACUCUUUACAUGGAAAUUAUCGAUUUGUCCAUGUUCAAUCUGGACAUUAUUUAUGCUUAUGGCCAUUGGCUACAUCGGAACUCCAUCGUGGCGUGUUGGCAAACCACAAUCGUGUUGCAGAUAAUCAGAAUGAUAUCUUCAAAGUUAUUGAUUGGGAGUCGUUAGUGAUUCUGCCUCGGUACGUUGCUUUCAAAGGAAACAAUAAUAAGUUCCUUCGUCUUACUGAAGUUGGGGAUCAACCGUCAUUAGAAUUCUCGGGUAAGGAUGUUGGUGGUGACUCUGUGACAAUGAAGGUUGUCCAUAGGAAGAAUGGUGACAUCCGGAUCAAGACGGUUUCUUCCGAUAGGGUCUGGAGGAGUAGCCCGAAUCGUGUUUUGCUGGAUUCUGAUGAAACUAAAGGUGACGAUCAGAACACUCAUUUUCGUGCCUUCAAAGUCGACAGCAAGACCAUAGCUCUGCGCAACGUCGGUAACCGUUUGUUCUGCAACUGCAAGCGCGACAUAAACAGGGAAACGACCGAUAUCCUUGCUGCAACCGACCCUUCGAUUACUAAAGAAACCUACCUACGUGUUCUAGAACCUGUAUUGUCAAGGACGAUUUAUAAUUUCCGAUACAACACAAAAAAUGCUAGGAUCUAUAAAGAAAAGGUCCUUGUUGUGGCCCAGAAUUCCGCCACUAACCGUACCACUCAAGCCAGCACACUCGAUGUGAAACUUUCCUAUAGUAUGACCAAUACCAGUACUUGGCUAGCUCAUUUUACACUAGGUCUUGAAACCAAAGCCACCUUCCAAGUCGGGGUUCCAUUCAUCGGUGAAACGGGUGUCGAAAUAUCUCUCGAAUACGAAACAGGAAUCGAGUGGGGAAAGACCAAGACGAUGACCACCGACAUGACAGUUACGCACCAAGUUCGUGUGCCGCCCAUGACUAAGGUGACGGUGUAUCUAAAAAUGACCAAUGGCACGUGCGAUGUUCCCUUCGUGUUCACUCAAAAAGACACUCUUCAUAAUGGGACCUUCGUUACAACUGAUGUCCUAGGUAACAGUUUCACGGGUACUAAUUAUUACAACAUCCAAUAUGAUAGCAAAGAAGAACCCCUCACCUCAUGA